UCGGUGGAAUUGUUGGGCUUGGCCGGUCCAAGAGAACUCUUUUGUAGCAAAGCUUUGGCUUCCCGCCUCGGGCAAAGCAAACUCAUGAGUCAUCAGAGAUGUGUGGGAGAGGACGUUGUUCUCUUCGAGCCGACGAUAUCCCAAGGGCUUGUCACCGCACCGCUGCGCCUUCUCGUGCUCUCCACUUGGACCGGUAUAAUCCGUCGUAUAAUGUUUCUCCGGGAUUCAACGUGCCAGUGGUUCGUAGAGAAGAUGCAUCUAACGGUAACGGCCAAGACUGUGUUCUUCAUUGCAUGAAAUGGGGUUUAGUCCCCAGUUUUACAAACAAAACUGACAAGCCUGAUCACUACAAAAUGUUUAAUGCUCGAUCUGAAUCCAUUGAUGAAAAGGCUUCAUUUCGUCGCUUGGUUCCUAAAAACAGGUGCCUGGUAGCAUUUGAAGGAUUCUACGAGUGGAAAAAAGAUGGUUCAAGGAAACAGCCUUACUAUAUUCACUUUAAAGAUGGACGACCACUUGUCUUUGCUGCUCUUUAUGACUCGUGGCAAAAUUCUGAAGGUGAAGUACUAUAUACAUUUACUAUUGUUACGACCUCUUCCUCUUCAGCACUUCAGUGGCUUCAUGACAGGAUGCCUGUUAUUUUGGGUGACAAGGAUUCAACUGAUACCUGGCUAAGCAAUCCUGCUUCCAAUUUUAAGAGUGUGCUGAAGCCAUAUGAAGAAUCAGAUUUGGUCUGGUACCCAGUCUCACCUGCUAUGGGCAAGGCAUCAUUUGAUGGACCUGAUUGCAUAAAGGAGAUUCAAAUAAAGGCUGAAGGGAACACUUCAAUCUCUAAGUUCUUCUCAAGGAAAGGAGCUGGAGAUGAAGACUCAAAGCCAGAGCAGAAAAUACCAUGUCAUGAGUUUGUCAAGACCGAACAUACAGAAGACCUGAGUGAAGGAGGUAAAACUGAAGAGGGAGACAAAGACUUAAAAUCCAGUAGUUAUUCGCAUUCUCCAAAUAAUACUAAGUUCCCAAUCAAGCGUGAUUAUGAUGCUCUUUCUGCGGAUUCAAAGCCAGCUUAUGGAAAUAAUGAUCAGGUGAGUGCAAACCCUGCAAUGAAAAAGGAAAAAGCGAGGAUUGCUGAUGAUAAACAACCAACCUUGUUUUCCUACUUUGGAAAAAGGUAAUCACUAACUAGUUUUGGGUUACAUGAACUCUAAGACCGUGAUGUUCUGUAUCUGUGUAAAUUAUGUAGACGGAUUUUCUUCUAGCACUUGUAUGACAUGUAAGUCAAGUUUUAGUUGUACUUGUACACCACAUCCUACAAUUACAAUCUGUAGUCUUGUUGAAGGCCUCAAUCUGUAGCCAAUAGUUCAUAUUCUGGAGGUGCUUAACAUAGUAGUGUUUUUCUAUAAUUAUCCCUAGUUGUAACUUAAGUUUGACUUCUAGGAGCUGCACUUUUUGAAAGACAUUUGGCCUUCACAGUUUUUUUUAUCAAUUGUACUUGAAUUAAUA